AGCCGGCAGAGCCUCCCUCUAUUGCAAGAAACCAUCUUUCGUUCUCAGUAACAACUUCAAUUCAAUUAGGAGGGAGACGAGGAAGGGAGAAAGCCUGAAGAAUAAGACAAUGGCGAACCAUCCCGGCUUCCCCCACCUGAUGAUCAUCUCCUGUUUGCUGGUCGGAAGCCUGGUAUUGGCGGUGGAAGCGGGCGGCGACGAGUGGAGCUGGAUGCCGGCGAGGGGGGGCUGCCGGGGGACGAUAGAGGAGUGCAUGGCGACGGGGGAGCUGGAGAUGGAGUCGGAGAUGAGCCGGCGGAUACUAGCCACCACCAAGUACAUCAGCUACGGGGCGCUGCAGAGGAACACGGUGCCGUGUUCUCAGAGGGGCGCUUCCUAUUAUAAUUGCAAGCCCGGGGCGGAAGCCAACCCCUACACCCGCGGUUGCAGCGCCAUUACUCGCUGCCGCAGCUGAAAGAGUCGGAUUUGGCUUUGGGUUUCAUUUGUUUGCAUGUGUAUUAACAAUAACAAUAACAUGGUAUGGUUUUAUCUAUCUUGAUGUUACAUAUAUAUAUAUAUAUAUAUCAACAUAUUAUUAUGGUUUUCAA